AGCCAAACCAGAGACCAAUCCGAAAUGCUAGGAAGUUGAAAUUAAUGAAUAGAUGUCCCAUGUUUGGGGCUCAUAAAUCGGAAUUGCCUUUCAAUGUUUCUAAUUUUUGCAUGCAUUGCAUUGCCACUCGAACCCUUCUCUCUCCCUAUCUCUGGAAAGGGCUCCUCCACCCUCCCUCUGGAUUCUCCGGGGACCCUCCUUUCUUCUCCACUGCACUACCCUGCUGCAUGCAUGCUUUUCCAUUUCAGCCAUGGGAACGCCAUUUCAGGGAAUGAUUCAAGAUCUCAAAGGAAGAAGCCAAUACUAUAAACAUGAUUGGUCUUUUGCAGCCAGUUCUGGCCUUAGCAUAUUGGCUCCAACUUUCUACAUAUUCUUUGCUUCUGCUCUACCUGUUAUUGCUUUUGGAGAGCAACUUAGUAGGGAAACAGAUGGAAGCUUAAGCACAGUGGAAACAUUGGCAUCUACAGCCAUUUGUGGAAUUAUCCACUCAAUAUUUGGUGGCCAGCCUUUGUUGAUUUUAGGAGUUGCUGAACCAACUGUUAUAAUGUAUACAUAUUUAUUCAAUUUCUGCAAAAACACUCCACAACUAGGUGCUAAGCUCUUUCUCGCUUGGGCUGGUUGGGUUUGUAUUUGGACAGCGCUCUUGUUAGUUCUGCUUGCAAUUUUUAAUGCUUGCACAAUUAUCUCUAGGUUUACAAGAGUAGCAUCUGAAUUAUUUGGCAUGCUAAUCACUGUUCUUUUCUUUCAAGAGGCUAUAAAGGGACUGAUUGCCGAGUUUAGAACACCCGAGAAUGAAGAUCCUUCAGCAAAGCAAUUUCGAUUCCAAUGGCGGUACACGAAUGGAUUGCUAGCAAUCAUUUUUGCUUAUGGACUACUUGUCACGGCCCUUAAAAGCAGAAAAGCAAGAACAUGGAGAUACGGAACAGGGUGGCUUCGAGGAUUUGUUGCAGAUUAUGGGGCUCCAUUAAUGGUAGUAUUCUGGACUGCAGUAUCUUAUAUGCCACCAGACAGACUUCCAGAGGGUGUUCCUAGAAGGCUGUUAUGUCCACUUCCCUGGGAACCUGCAUCUCUGUAUCACUGGACAGUAGUAAAGGAUAUGGGGAAGGUGCCCUUUGUGUAUAUAUUGGCGGCAAUUAUCCCAGCUCUGAUGAUAGCAGGUUUAUACUUUUUUGAUCAUAGCGUAGCUUCCAAGAUGGCUCAGCAGAAAGAAUUUAACCUUCAAAAGCCUUCUGCCUACCAUUAUGAUAUUUUCCUGCUUGGAAUAAUGACGUUGAUUUGUGGUCUACUUGGCCUUCCCCCUUCAAAUGGAGUCCUUCCACAGUCCCCUAUGCAUACAAAGAGUUUGGCAGUUCUUAGGAGGCGGUUAAUGCGAAAGAGGGUGGUGAAAAGCGCCAAGGAAUGUGUUAGGCUACAAAGGACCAGGUCUGAAUUGUAUGGAAAGAUACAAGCUGUGUUUAUAGAAAUGGAUGCAGCACCUACCGUUAAAGAAAUGGAGACUUUGAAGAAAGCUGUUAUGAAGCCUGAUAGCAAGGAUGGUGCAAAGGACAAUCUUGAUGUUGUGAAAAACAUAGAUGAAUAUAUUCCUGUUAGGGUUAAUGAGCAAAGAGUGACUAACUUAAUGCAAUCCCUUUUGGUUGGCGUAUCAAUGCUAUCCAUCUCUGUUAUCAAAAUGAUACCUACCUCGGUUCUAUGGGGAUAUUUUGCUUAUAUGGCAAUUGAUAGUCUCCCAGGGAAUCAGUUCUGGGAGAGGAUAUUGCUCCUCUUCAUCACCCCAAGCCGGCGUUACAAAAUUUUGGAAGGUUCUCAUGCCUCAUUUGUGGAGAAACUACCAUUCAAGACCAUUGCUGCAUUUACAGGCUUACAGUUAGCAUAUUUUCUGAUCUGUUUCGGUGUGACAUGGAUACCUGUAGGUGGAAUACUGUUUCCGCUACCGUUCUUCCUUCUCAUCAUUUUAAGAGAAAGAUUACUUCCAAGGCUGUUCAUACAUAGCCAUCUUCAGGAACUAGAUGCUUCUGAGUACGAGGAAGCAAUUGGUGCUCCACAUGGUGACCAUACUGUGCCACUUUUGGAGAAGGAUAGUGAUGGUGGUGAAAGCGAAGAUGACUAUGAUGCUGAGAUAUUAGAUGAGAUGACAACCAACAGGGGAGAGUUGAAACUUAGAACUAUAAGCUUCCACCGUAAACACCGUGGCGGCGGCGCCGGGGAAGACAGAAACUUUCAAGUUUCCCCUGAAGAUGCUUCCCGAACGUGAUGAAAUGAAAAUCUCUCUGCAGCCACUGUUUUUCAGGAUGCUGAAAGGGCAACAUAUGAGAGUAUUUUCCUCUGGACAGGAAUGUUCAAGAUUCUUGUGUAGUCAGAUAAUGAUCAUCUAUGGAGCAAAGGAGUGAAAGAGAAGAAAAGAAAGUACAAAUGGUUCAUCUGCAUUUUGAAAUGGUCUUAUUAGGAAAAUUGCAUUAGAAUAUUGAGAUCAAGGGUCAAUUCCUUCCUUAGUUGAAUAGAAAGUUCAUAAGAAAAACAAUCAGGUUAGGAUGGAAGGAAAAAAUUAUACGAUGAUAAUAUGAGAUGAAAAAAAGAAAGAGGGACGAGCAAGGAAACUAGAUAACAGAAAACACAUCAUACUAUUUUUGAAGUUAGAAUAUAGAUGAAUGUCAGACAGUAGUGCAUUUCUUCAAUUUUUUUUGUUAAUUUUU